GUAUUGUACCUCUCCCCCCCCAGCUUGUCCUUCACCUUCGUCCUUCAUCCUCGUCCUCAAAAAACACAUGCAUUCUUCCCUUGGGAUGGCUUCACUUUCUCUAAGGCGAAAUCAUGGGACAGACCCAGUCAGGUGAGGCCAAGCCUCCCUCUAAAGAGCAAAUUACAAGACAGCUGGCCGACAAGUUCGCUCGUAAAUGUUUUGAACCACUAGAGCUCUAUUUAUUCAAGGAUAACUUCAGAUCGCUUGCAGAUAACGAGCAAAAUGUGCGUUACCUUAAACAGGAUACCAUUGCCCGCUUCCUGGAGCUACCAGACAUCCUCGCCGUCUCGCCUGUCUUGUUCCAUAUGCUGGGAUACAUCGGCGCAUUUCCCUUCCUUCGAGAUGCGCCAGUCAUACUUGGCUUGGAGCAGAUGAUUAUGGUCGUCGUUAUAAUGACAGAACGCUACAAAAAAGUCCUAACUAAAGGUGCUAGCAGCAGACGAAAGUUGCUAUUCAAGAGUUUGGCCGUGUAUGAUCGUAAGCUAUCCGAGAUGGAGACGCAGCCAUCUUCCAAUGGGACCGCCCUCAGCUUUGCCAUUGACGAAGCUGGUGAUGAUCUGGAUGAUGACACGGCCGAGGACGACGAGCUUGUUCUAGCUGCGUUAGACUCUCUUGAUAUUAAUGACGCUUUCAAGACGGUCGAUUCUCAUGCCGCCACCACUCACGGGGCAAUGAUUCCAGCAGACAAUUUUAGAAAAUUGAUCAUGUUACUACUCCUAGUAUCUCCCUUAGACGCUCAGGAAAACAUCUCCAGUUACGCCGAGAGGGUUACAGGAUCGGAUCUCCAAGACUUAAGAGCAACGGCUGAGAAUAUCUUAUCGGCUUUUAUCGACGUUGAAAAAUCCCCUGGUAUCACCUACGCCCAAUUUGACAGAAUUCUGCCGUCAAAUUUUCCCUUUCUUUUUAAAGGCUUCAAUCCUUUAUUCGAACACUUCCUAUUUUCAAAGAACCUCGACCUCUCAAAACGUAAGGAUGGUGUGCCCAAAGCCUUCUCCCCUGUGAUACCACAACCUCCCCUACUACAGGACAAGGGUAAGAUUUUAAAUUUCAGUAUCUUGUCCCAGCUUUCUUUUUUCAUUGAUGGGAACGAGUUAUUUCGGCGGCUGCGCUUGCUCUACUCCGGUUCAAAAGCAGGAUACUCGAUGGGAAGCUUUGAAUCCAAGGUAUUUAACUGGCAUGCACCUACCAUCCUCCUGAUAUCCGGAACUAGGCUUUCGGGCCCAUGCAGUAGAAAUAGAUCUGAAGAGGCCUUUCACGAGACCUUACCUCCCAAGAGAUUCCCGAAUGGAGGUCCCUCAGGCCGCGAUCGCUUGAUUUUCGGAGCGCUCGUCAGGCAACCGUGGCGAUAUACACACAGGGAGUGUUUCGGAGGCGAAGGCACGGUCCUAUUCCAACUUUCUCCAACUCAUGACGUCUUCCCAAUGUCUAGCUUGAACCACGACUAUGUGGCAUUGCUCAAGACACCGGCGGCCCAUCCAGGGAUCAGUUUCGGCUGUCCACACCCAAAGACAAGCCAGUCUUCACGCCACGGCUCGUUGCGAAACUUGGGACCUGUUUCUCUCGUCAUUGAUUCGAGCUUCGAAUUUGGUGUCUUCACACACGACUACUCGUCCCGCGGCGGUGCAUUUGCUACUAGCUCAUCCCGAAAGUAUAACUUCCAGGAACGUUUCGAAAUCGAUGACAUAGAAGUCUGGGGCUGUGGUGGUGACGAAGAGGCGAAGAUACAAAGAGAGCGCUGGAAAUGGGAAGCACGUGAGGCUGAAGCCAGGAGAAAGGUCAACUUAGGCACGGGGGACAUCGCUACUGACCGUGCUCUAUUAGAAAUGGCCGGGCUAAUCGGCUCAAAUAGAAGCGGAGGGUCGAUGGCUUGAUUUACGGAUAGGUUAUAUUUGGCGUUAGGGGGGCCUAGGUGUUGGAAUUACCACAGCAUUUAUUAAUAUAAUCUCGAUUCUAUUUUCUGUUUAA